AUGGCGCCCGCCGCUCCCCAACUCCCCGCCCGGUUUCCAUGCUGGUGUCGAGCCAUAUACUCGUGGGGAGGCGAGACAAAACGUGAUCUGGGGUUUGUGGAAGGUGAUCUUAUCGAAUGUUUGAACGCGGGAGAUGGACAAUGGUGGAUGGGUCGAUUACGGCGCGACAGGCGCAUGAUGGGUCUGUUCCCAUCCAACUUCGUCGAGGUCCUUGGGGAGGACUUUGUGCCUGUGACUAGGUCGACAAGCCCCAUGAUUUCCGCAACGGUGUCUCCGAUAACGAACCCUACUUCGGCGCCGAAGAAGACGAAGACCGUUUUCCGGAAACCAUUUCAAGCCCAUAGGGAAGCUCUUGCGCCAACGGGCGAGUUGUCUCGUGGCGGCAUGUCGUCUUCCCCCGUUAUGGCAAGCUCUAUUCCACAGACGCCACCCCGGGAUGGCAGCCUUUCUGGAAAGGUAAAACCAUUGCGAACGCCAACCACCGCAGUCAAGCAUCGGAGCUCUGUAUCGAGGCCGCCCUCGCGGUCGCGGCCUCCAUCGCGCGCAGCGUCACCUCGUCCUCCAGCUGAGCCUGAUCCGCUCCUGUCAUCGAGCGCUCCGGCACCAUAUAACCCGCGCAUGAGACCCCCGUCUCGAGCAGUAUCACCGUAUCCUUCCGAUAGUCCCCGCAACAGACCCCCGUCUCGAGCUGUAUCGCCUUACCCGUCUGAUAACCCCGAGCUUCACAUGCCACUGAUCCCUCCUGUGCGAACGACAAUGCAUCCCACUCCUCCAUCUCAUGCCGCGUCUCCACAUAUCCCCGCCGACUACGACUACAUGCCCUCCCCAUAUCCCGAUCGGCACGGUAUAGCAAUACCCGGGCGAUCUUCCCGAGAGAUCUCGCCCUUACAGCUGCAAGAACGGGAAGAAUCUCCGCCUCCGCCCCCACCUCCGCAUCGCGUGGCGGUACAUCGACAGUCAUCUCCUGGGCCUCUAGUCCCAUUGCGGUUGGAUAUGAAUGACCGUUAUGCUACCAUGCCCAGGACACCAUCGCCUGCUGCCCAUUCUGAGGGCCGCGGCCUUACGCCCUCUCCUCUCCGUGAUGCAAUGGAGGAUGUUAUGACCUCUCUGGAGGAUAUGGGCUUGUCUCGAAGCACGCAAUCAUCAUCCCCACAGCCACAGACACAGCCACUGUUUAAUAACCCCUGGUCACCAGAUACCUACGAAGGAUUGAGUCAGAGUCGACCCUUGCGAACUUCCAACCGACCCGUAACAUCCAUGGGAUUCGACGGAUACAAGGAAUAUCAACAACCUGGGAGCCAGAAACAUAGGAACAGCGUUUGGACGCAUGACCCCUAUCCGGAUGGCCCUCCGCAGCUGAACAAUUACGUACAAAGAAUGGAGAGCCGCCUCCGUCAGAUGCAGGAACAGAAUCGACAGGGCUCGGAGGAGAUUCAGCCAGAGGAGGACGAAGAGCCUCCACCGCCUCCUCCAAGAGGCGUGCCGUACCAUGGCCGACAUAACUCGAUUCCGGCACAGUAUCCAUAUCUUCGAGGACGACGAUCAGGACAGGACCUCCGUGAAGAUCUACUCAAUCGCAGCUACACAAAUAAGUCGAGCACCACGACUUCCUCGAGCGGGGUGCAAAGCAUCAGCACCAGUCUCACAGCAAGUACUGAGCGAACCAAUUUCAGUGUGAUGAGCGGUCCAUCAGCUGGUGGAUUUAGUGCAACAAGUGCCGGAAGCUACGCUAGGAGAAUGACGCCAGCUGAACGACCAAACACAGCGACUGAUACGUUCCGCUCUCGAGGGUUCAGCGAUGUAUCCCGGGUAUCUAGACCUGAAACGCCACUCACAGGGAUAUCAUAUCAUUCGAGCCACAAUACCUCUCGACAGGGCGCGUCUUCUGCCAUUCCAUGGUCUGCUGCUCAAGCUGCACCGGAAGAGACCGCAGGGGUGCUUGGGGGUCUGUCUACUCCAAAGGCCAAGAAACCAGGAUUCUUCAAGAAAAUCUUCGAGUCGGCGAAGACGGGAGCAGCUAACGCUCGGAGUAGCAUUGCGGUUGGUCAGAGCGGUGGUACUUUCUCCCCCUCCAAAGGACGAGGUGUCUCGCCGAUCCGUGCCUUGCAAUCUAGCCGGGACUCAGCUCGGGAUGCAGGAAGUGCCUCUACCAUAGAUUGGGUGCAGGUGCGGCGUGAUGUCAACCGCGCCAGCUCUCCGAGUCACAAUGAGCGGGUCGAGAGAGCUGAGCGAUGCCAAAUGAUGGACCACCCAGUCAUCUACGCGGUGGAGGAACUCAAUGAGACCGCGGAAGGUGACGAAAGCAUUGAUGGGUUGCCCAUCAGCGAACCCAACAAUUUUGGUUCCUUCAAUCUCAGUCUGGUCGACAAGAGCGCCCGCUUCGUCAACAGUCUGCCACCAAUGACGAAUCCAGCCAGUCUUGCCCAUGGGUAUGUGUGUCGUCCGUACAAGAGUGAUAUUCAACGGUUGCGGGCUAUCUUCACCUGGGUUAGCGAGAAGAUUGCUUGGGAUGAGCCGGUUGAAGAGAUUGGGAUUGACCUGAAACGCGUACUACAGACGAAACGGGGAAGCCCUCAGGAGGUUGCGUUUCUGGUCAAGGAGAUGUGUGCCGCCGUUGGUCUUCAUGCUGAAGUCAUCCGAGGCUUCCUGAAAAGCCCAGGAGAAUUGCACGAAUAUGACGGCGUUGCACGCGCGAACCAUUGGUGGAACUCAGUCCUCGUGGAUGGUGAAUGGCGCAUCAUGGAUUGUUCUCUAGCCAGUCCUACCAAUCCGCAAAGGAAUCUAUUCGUCACCAACAACACUUCCGUGGCCGAGAGUUGGUACUUCCUAGCGCGUCCCCUAGAGAUCUGUUACACUCACCUUCCGCUCUCACCCCAUGAGCAGCACAUCUGCCCACCCAUCUCGCCCGAUGUCCUGAUGGCUCUUCCAGCCGCCUGCCCGCCGUACUUCAAGCUAAACAUGCAGUUCCCAGACUAUGAUACCAGCGUGGUCCGGAUCGAGGGACUCGAGGUCAUGCAGAUCCGUCUUCUCGUUCCCGCAGACGUCGAAUGCGCAGCCGAAGUCGAAGCGCCCGGCUUCGCCUGCGACGCAGAUGGCGAUUGCUUCGAGAACGGAGAGACAGUGCGCAAACGGGCUCUCGUCCAGCCUGACUGGAUCAAUGGACAAAAACGGAUCACCGUCAAGGCGGUCUUACCGGGUGAUGAGGGACAAGGCAUGGUCAAGAUCUAUGCAGGCAAGAAGGGGCUCAUGCACUCCAGCCGAGACAUCCCCCAUCCUUUGGCUCUUGCCCUACCUAUCAUCCACACGGGAGACAAUCCGCCGUACGACUUCGUGCUACGCCAUCCAACCCCUCAUGCCCAACGGCACGAUCUAUACAUCAUCCAGCCGCAGUGCGCCAAGCUGGCCGUGAGCAAUACCUUUGUGUUUGCCGUGCGCCAACACCCCGCUUCGUCCCCCUACCAACCGGGCGGCAGCGAUCUCGGGGUCAGUGGUGGUCGUGUGUCGCCGUCCGUCUACUCGCGGCCGGCCAGUGCCUUGAGCAUGUCUCCCUCGGGCAAGAUCCUGCGGUUGACGCGCAAAGCCGACCACAUGAUCAGCUCCAACAGCCUGGCCGAUUCCCCCACGGACGCCACGGCGGAUGGCAGCGUGUGGGAGACGGUCAUCAAGAUUGGGGAACGAGGUAUCUGGCGGGGGUUAGUUCUCGCCGACCGCGUUGCGCGAUGGUGUGUAUUCUGCGAAUGGGAAUGCUACUGA